CUUUUAUUUAAAUUUGGGCCAGGGGGUAGGCUUCCCAGGGAAAUAGCCUGCAGUGGCAAGAUGGCGAACAGAGGGUUGUGAGGUGGGAUGGUAAAUGAAAAACGCGUUCAUCGAUGAAUUAAGGUGUGUAAACCAAAGUGUGUGUGAUGGAACAGCAGAAUCAUUCAAAGCAGCUGCUACUGCAGCUGAACCAGCAGCGAGCCAAAGGAUACCUGUGUGAUGUCAUCAUCGUGGUGGAGAACGCGCUGUUCCGCGCCCACAAGAACGUCCUGGCGGCUAGCAGCGUCUACUUCAAGUCGCUGGUCCCCCACGACAACCUCAUCAACCUGGACACAGAGAUGGUCAGCCCCUCCAUUUUCAGACAGGUGUUGGACUUCAUCUAUACAGGUUGUCUGUCCAGUUCUGACUCUGUCAGUGACCACAGUAUCUCGUCUCUCCUGAUCGCCGCCUCCUACCUCCAGCUGACUGAACUGGCUGCUCUCUGUCGCAGGAAGCUCAAACACAACGGUCAGACCCCCUCCAGCUCCAACAAGAUGACCCCCUCCUCUUCCACCUCCCCAACCCCAAAUGGACACACCCCUGGCCCCCUCUGCCUCUCCUCCACCCCCCUCCACAACCACCAGCACCAUAACAACCACUCAGGGUCCAAGAAGGGGAGCCAGAGGAACCAGAGACCGAGCCAGGAGGGAAGGCUGAGAGAGGAUCUGUCCGAGAAGGUGUUUAUUUCAGGCUCGCGCUGUGCCUCCCUCAGCCCCUCUGGAGAAGGUAGGAGUAAUGGGCUGGGACUGGACCUGUCCAAAAGGAGUCCGUCAGAGAGCACUGCCACAGAGGAGGUGUCCCCCAGCAGUCUGCUCCAGAGCUCUUCCCCCCACUCCUCCUCUCUCUCCCCCACUCCCACUCCUCCCACAACGUCUAGUGCCAAGCCAGAGCCUCCAAAGACCUCCACAGACCUCCAGCCCAGAGCCCCUCGCAAGAGGCCCCGAGGUGAUAAAGUGACCCCAGAGCUGGAGGAUGGAGAGGUGGAUGGAGAGGAGAACGGUCUAGAUCAGAGUGAGGGGAGCGGGCACAGUGGAAGAGGAGGAGGAGGAGGAGGAGGAAGAAAAGGGAGGAGAAACGGAAACACCAACUACAUCUACCGUCAGCCCCAGCCAGGGUUUGAGCCAGGUGUGGGGGACAACCUGUACGUCUGCAUCCCCUGUGGGAAAGGCUUCCCCAGCUCAGAACAGCUCAAUGCCCAUGUCGACACACACACCCACGACCAACUCUACCUGAAAGACGAGGAGGAGGAAGAGGAAGAGGAAUGUGGUGGAUACUUGAAGGACAAAGAUCCGGACACAUGCCCAGAUGACUCUGCAUCAAAGGGGAUGAAGCCUGACCCUGAAGAACCUGGGCAUCUCUGCACUGUCUGCAGUAAGAGCUGCAAGGACGCGACAUCACUACGGCAACACGAGAAGAGCCAUUGGCUGAACAGGCCAUUCCCCUGUAACAUCUGUGGCAAGCUGUUCACUCAGCGAGGCACCAUGACGCGCCACAUGAGGAGUCACCUGGGCCUCAAGCCCUUCGCCUGCGAGGAGUGUGGCAUGCGCUUCACACGACAGUACCGCCUCGCCGAGCACAUGCGGGUCCAUUCGGGGGAGAAGCCCUACGAGUGCCAGCUGUGUGGUGGAAAGUUCACCCAGCAACGCAACCUCCUUAGUCAUAUGCGGAUGCACACCUCGCCCUCAUAGAGGACACUUCACCAUGGUUACUGCAGCUGAACCACAGCUACCUGGGUUCUAUUAGGCUGUCUACCUCAUUUUCAGCUAACCAUCUGGAGCCUCAGUUACCCAUAGUACCUCCUCACCCUUGUAAACACACCUGGCUUCUACCUCAUUUUCAGCUAACCAUCUGGAGCCUCAGUUACCCAUAGUACCUCCUCACCCUUGUAAACACACAUGGGUUCUACCUCAACUUCAGAAACUCACCUUGAAAUGAAUUACCUCACCUUUAUAACCACUCACCCCGAGUAGUAACUUUACCAAUAUUUUCAACCUCUUAACAACUAUCACUUAUACCCUCACCCUCGUAACAACUAUCACCCAUACCCUCACCCUCGUAACAACUAUCACCCAUACCCUCAACUAGGGAUUCAUAUUUUCACGAAAACCUACCAAGUUUUAAUACAGGGAAUAAUUGAUAUUUAUCCCAAGAGUCCCGGGAAAUACCGCAAAAAAAUUGAAGUGCCCAUUCUCAGGCCUUUAAAACCAAGAUAUGUCACUAUGCCUGGGUUCUCCCAAAAUAAGAUUGUCGCUGUGCCACAAUGCCGGCAUGGCUGCGCCACUGUAAAGAUUUCACAGCAAGUGAAACUGAUAUUUAGUAUUGAUAGAGUAACUUUGAUCACCAAUGACAUUGUUGUGAAUUGCGAAACAGGCCGUUCAUGAAUUCCGAGCAUUAUCAUGUUACUCAGUUAAUUUAGCCCAGGACUACUGCUGAAAUAUGCUAUCUCGAGACAGAGCAUGGUCAGGACCCACAGAGCGCACCCAGAGUAGGCUAUAGUGUUGUCGAAUCAUACAAACUUUGUAACGGCAGUCAAACAAAAGUCAAAUGACUAAAGUUGCUACGCUUGUUAACCUCCAUCGAAUGACAAAAUAUCUCCUAUUUGGCAAAAUGGAGUUGAUGAUUAUACAGAUAGCAGAUCAGCUCAUGAAUAACUAGUAGUUGAAGAAAGGAAAUUGUUUUAAAGAUCAAUGUAUCUUAACGGGGACCAUACUCUCUACUCUCAAACUGUUUGUUGAUCUCACAUUCUGUACCGAUGCUCUCAUAUGGUCAGAAAUACGAAACAGCGCAGAGAAGCGGGGGAAAUGUUCCAGGUAUUUUGACAUGCAUUGUUUUAUUUUUGAUUUAUUGAACCUUUAUUUAAUUAGGCAAGUCAGUUAAGAACAAAUUCUUAUUUACAAUGACAGCCUACCCCGGCCAGACCCUGACCCGGAAGACGGUGGGCCAAUUGUGCGCCGCCCUAUGGAACUCCCAAUCACGGCCGGCUGUGAUACAGCCUGGAAUCGAAGACUCUGCACUGAGAUGCAGUACCUUAGACCGCUGCGCCACUCAGGAGCAUAAGCAGACAUGCAUUGAUAGUGCAACCUAUGGAUUACAGAAUGAAGAGACAAGAGUCAAGAUUUCUGGUUUCAGUGGGAUUAUUGGGACUAUAGGAAAAUUGCCUAGGCUCUAUAUAAGGACCUGAGUCAAUAGAUAAUACACUUGAAUUUGGCUACAUUAUUCCAUUCUAAAUGUUUCUGAUCAGUGAUAAACAAAUAAAUUAACUAUUACUUCUACUUGCCCAGCCAAGAUAAAUUAACCAAAUAUAUAGACAGAGAUUCAGUGAAACAAAAUCACAUUGAUUGAUUGACACAGGCUUUUUGUUGCGAGUAGGACAGGCUACAAUGCGAGUGAAGAGCAAGCAGACUUGUAUAACAUGCUAGCAACAUUUUCUGAUCAGCUAAUAUAUGAGCAAACUAGAGUAAAGAUGAUCAUUAGCACUCACCUCAACUUGACUAACAUUUCCCCAGCCUACCAAAUAUCCAAACGGAGAUUCAGUGAAAACAAAAACCGGACAUUGAUUGAUUUAUCUAGACGAGUACCCCACGUUUGUCUCGAAGCAGUGCGAUGGUGCUGUCUCAAUUAAAACUGCUGAAAUGAUCAUCUAGGUGACAACACACGACUAUUGCUUUAAUUUAGUAUAACGGUUGGAUAUAACUUUGGCAGGAUCAGUGUAACCAAGAAUUUGAUACAUGCAAUAAAUUUGCUUUCGCCUACUUUAUUCUAAUAUUUUCAUCAUUCAGUUGAUCAUAACUCAGGUGUUGUCCUCUCUCUGCGCUUUUCCUCAGCCCAAUGCCUGUUUCCUCGUCUCCUCACUCCGGCGCUUCCCACCUCCACCACGUUAUUCUCAACACCAGUUUAAAUCAAUAUAGCCUACUGUUAUCUAGAAAUCUGCCAUUUUUUUUAUUCUGUGAUGUCGGACCAGGCCUGGGAUCAGGCUUCAGCUCACUGGCUUGGGUCGGCCCGGGAUCGAAUUGUCAUUUCUGAUGAGAACUCUAAACUGCAUUCGGGCCUUGUGUGCAAUCCGGCAUUUGCUUUGCAUUUAUGACGACUUUGUGUAAAGAAAAUAUGCUAGGUUAAAGGCUUCCAUGUGACAACUUGUUUGGAUAAUGUACCAUUUUAUUUUUUGCCAAUCUGCUGCUGUAGAUGUUGGGCAUUUGGUGGAAUUGCAUUACUGCGACAUCGGGGUAAAUUUGGUCAUUUCCCGGGUCUUGUCACAAAUGUUUUUCGGGAAAUGUGACAAGUGGUCCAGAGACAGUCCCAGGAUCCCGGUUACCAGUGUUAAUCCGUACCCUCAACCUCUUAACAACUAUCACCCAUACCCUCAUCCGCUUAACAACUAUCGCCCUCAUCAUGGCAACCAUGAUUCCAUACCUCUAUUUGAGAACUGUUCCUCAUCUUACUAAUACCAACCAUUACUUCACCCUUAGAACCCAUCAUAAAUCCACAUUCAGCCAGCCAGCCAGCUGUUCUGGCUAUCUCAGGGUCAACACACCACACCUCUCCAUCUGACAUAAAACCAAAGACGCCUUCCUCCCCAUCCCAGGUGGCUCAAAUAUGUUUUGAUGAUAGCUUUUAGCAUCCAACCAAACUAGCCCUCCCAGGGUAUCAGUCCGUGCUGUCGUUCCUCCAGGCUGUUGUAGCUGUCUCUCGCUGGCCAAUGGGGGACCUCAUUGGCUCUCCUGCCUCAUUAUCAGACACAUACUGGACCCCAGGCAAAGUUGGCUAGCAGUCACUAAUAUUAUGUUCUCCAGCUAGAUAGGACAGGUGAGUCAGCCUAGCCAGUGUGCAUAUAAUAACUUAUCACCUUUACAUACACUGCCUGUUGGAAACGUGGCAUUAUUAGAAAAUGAUCAGGGGUGUUCUAACAGCAAUGUUUGCUUUAUUUGUAGUUCAUAGGUCAGACUUUGUAGUUUAACUUGGGUGUAAAAUGUUUGAGAACUUAGUUAUGCGUUUGUACUGGGUAUUUCUACUUUAAGGGGUUUGGGUCAGGUGGGGGUGUUUCUUUUUAAUUUGAGGCAUCAUAUUCUGUUGGUACCGUUGUUUUGUCUGCAUUUUUAAAAGGCUGGUCUACUGCUACUAGCCCUGUCACACUGCUACCUCUUCACUCUUCACAUUAACCAUUGAAUAAUACUCUCCCAGUAUCCCUGUAUUAAGUUUGCUGUUGGUUUUCAACAAGUUCCUCUCGUCUGUUAAUGCUGUGAGGGGAGAGUAUUGCUUCCUGGAUAAGUGUGUUACUGGUACUAGUGUAUGAUAUUGUAAGGUGAAAUCCAAAGAGAAAAUUAUUGCAAACUAACAACAACUAACGUUUUUCAAUGUCAGUGUAGUUUUAACAAUACUAUUGUGUCCACUCCUAGUUCCACACUAACAGCCUUGUGGUAGAAAUGACUCAUGUUGAUUGGACCAACCUCACCUCAUUGCCUUACUUUGUCUUCACUAUGUCCUCAGGAGGACUACAUACGUGUCAUUUCUGAACAUCUAAGAAUGUGUUGUAAUUGCUUCGUUUUAGACUAGUAAGUACAUAGUUUUAAAAUUCUCUUUCCUACAUGUUUAUCACUUAAGUGUUGAAAAAAAGUCAUUUUUACUUCAGAAAAGUGUAGAUAACUCAGGAACAUUGAUGUCAGGGUCUGGCGUCCAUAAAGUACAUAUCCACACUUAUGAGUUCCGUUAAACUGCAAGACUCUGGUUGUUUUGGUUCAGGCAUUUAGAAUGUCGACAAAUGAAAGAGCAGAGCGAAAAGGAUCAACAUGUUUCAGCUGUGAGGGUGAUAACUCUAAACCAUAUCUUCAGGGAUGGUUCCUCACAUUUUAACUGAAGAACCCUCUGCUGUGUUGUCAAACUGUCUGUACUGUCAGAAAGCAAAAACACUAGUUUCCUAAGCAAGAGAUUUUUUAAAGGAGGUGGGUGGUGAUUAUCUUUCAAAUAACUUCUGGAUAAAAGGUAGAGGUGUUUAAAAUAUAUUAUAAAAUAUUAGUUCUUGAAUGUUAUCAGCAUGCAUUGUAUAAAAGAUACAAGCUUGUUCCAAAUCAACAGACUAUUUUCUAAACCAAAGCACAUACUGAACGACUGACGGCUUGUGUGGUGUAAAGUGUGAGUGUGUGGGAGCGUGAUCUCAUUGUUUACAUAAACCCAACAGUCAGACCUCAGGCAAGGAAUCGUUUUUUCACGUCUAGAAACAAAGAAAAGAACAGCAUUGUUUAUUUGCAUGUAUUGUUGAGCCUGUAAACUUAAGUAUCCGCAUGUUAUGAAAAUAUGAUGAAGCCAUUUUUGAUAUCUUGUUUGUUGUUGAUUGUUUGUUGUGACCAACCAAAUGUUUUACGAAGGGGUAGAAACAACAUGUGAAAAUGGAGUAGGCUGUAAUAUCAAGUUAUUUAGUCUACAACUCAUUAUUUUUAAGAAUAGGAAAUAUUACCUCCUAGUACACCAGUCAGGGAUUUGGUCACAAACCCUUUAUCCAGUUACAUUAUUCUAUUUAUCUCUUACUGUCUCUCUCUCUUAUUAAGUAAGUUGUUGCAGUCACUUCCAGACAGAAUGUAUUUAUUAGUUGGAUCCUGUUUUAAACCGCUUUAUGAUAUCUCAGUGGAUGAUAGUCAGGGGCUUUAUUACUUUGUUACUGCUAAUACAGUUUAGAGAGAAAAUAUGUUAUUAAAGGGUUAGUUAACCCCAAAUAGCUUGACAACCACUCUGUGUGAGAACGUCAAACCGUGAUUUAUUGGGUGAAAGGACCCUUUAAACAUGAUAUGGCUAUAAGUAAGAUCAAGCUCCCAGCCCAAGACACUGGAGACAGUGGGAAUGUACUGCUCCUGUGGUAUAGGUGUUUUGUACCGCUUUUACCUCAUCCAAAGCAUGUAGAACACAAAGAUGAAAUGUUUUUUAUUGUGCUACAUUGUUUCCUGUUUUUCUGAGAAUGUAAUCUGUGUUGUUGUUGUCAUCUGUUCUAUAGGUGGUCUUAUUCAUUGGUAUGGGACCACUGACUCCUGGUACAGAUGCAAUAUGUAUUGUAUUCUACAGAAAGCAUUGGUUUUGUCAAAGCAACUUCUGUUAAAGGCUGGUAUUGUUACUAUUACAGAGACGCUUCUUGUUUAAUCUCUAUCUGAAAACCAAAGGUGUCUAUGGCAGCAUAAAUAUGUACAUAGUCACAUGUGCCACUACUAAUCCAAACCAAGCCACUUAUGAACUAAACCAAAGGCAGUCUAAGGCAGCAGGUCUAUUCAUAUAAUUCCUAAGACUUCUGGGCAUGAAACCAUGUCAAAGCUGGCUUUAUGUAUUCAUUUACUCUGUCUUUGUACAACAAGUUUCUCUGUUCUACUAAAUAUUUGUUCAAUUAUAUAUAUAUUUUUCUCAGUCUUCAACAUGCUUUACUGAGAAACUCCAAAGUUCAAUUCCUCAGAGCUUGUGUUCAGGAGUUUCUUGAUCCGUGUGGUUCUCGCUGCACCACCACGUGAUUCAACACAGCGUCAUGAUUCAGAGUCCACUGGUUAACCUGCAGUCUCUUAAUGUACAGAUAUGAGUGUCAUCUUUAUAAAGAUCUUUUCAUUAAACUUGAUUGGAAAGAACUAAAUGUU